CUCGAGGGGAUGUGCGCGCGCCGAUACGGUACUGUCAAAACGCGCCACUUUUAAAGUUAAGGUGACAGGCAGCUAUCUUUAAAUGUCAACAUGAUGUUCUACACCCAACUCUUCACGUCCAAGCGGGGGCCUCUAGCCAAGAUUUGGUUGGCAGCACACUGGGAGAGGAAACUCACAAAGGCCCAUGUAUUUGAAUGCAAUCUGGAGACAACCAUCAGAGAUAUAAUUUCUCCAAAGAUGAAAAUUGGUUUGCGGACAUCUGGUCAUCUGCUUAUUGGUGUGGUCAGGAUCUACUCCAAGAAAGCAAAGUAUCUCCUUGCAGACUGCAAUGACGCUCUGGUUAAAAUUAAGAUCGCAUUCCGGCCAGGUCAGACAGACAUGCCCGUGGAGGGGCUUGAGGCCACGAUAAAAGCUAUUACCUUGAUUGAAGAUUUCACAGCUUUUGAUGCCCAGCUGCCUGCUCCGAGCAACAAAGAUAUCGUCGACCACUUUUCACUGAACCAGUGUCGAACAGAAGAAAUCACUCUGAAAGAGGAAUUUGGAAGUGGCUUUCUGACCUUGGUAGAUUUUGGAGAUGAGUCCCAAAUCCACAAGAAUGGGCUGCUGGAUAUGAGCUUCCAGAGCCUGGUUCAUCAGGAGGAUACUUUUGGGGAUGAAGAUAGAGUAUUUGACUUACUCGAUUUCCUGAGAAACCCCAGUGAUCCUGAGUCCACCAACUUGAUCCCAGAAGAGCCUCAAAAUGAAAAUCCAGAGAUCCCUGCACUCAGUCGUCAACAAGAUGCUCAGAAAAUAGAGGUUGAGACCCCAACACUGAAUGAGACCACCCUGCUGACUAAUGCAGAGACAGCCUUUGCACUUGAUCCUGUGGCCAUCACUCCAAACUCAUCGAGGAAGAGGGGGAAGAGGAAACGCAAGUUGGUGGUAGACCAGAGGAAAGAGCUGAAGAGUGAAUUUAUGAGAGCGCAGCUCACUGACUAUUCAGAUCUGGUCACCCCGCUGGACAUGGCCCCGCCCACUCUGCCGCUCAUGCAGUGGAAGGAGAACGGAGGAGCAGCAAAACUCUUAACACAGCCAUGUUCCAGCAUAGCAGCUCCACAGAUAAAGGAGCUCUUUGCCAAGAGUGUAUUCCAGGUGAAACGUUCCAGUGUGUGUGAGGAGGCUGAGGUCAUGUGUCUGGAUGGACAAGAAUCUCAGAGGGACAUCAGUGCCCUCACAGAAAGCAUCAGUGCCGUAGAUUCAUCAAUGGAUCCUGAACAAGCACACAACACUGACCUGACGGUCCUUGCUCAAAUGAGUGACAGCCACAGUGAGGGACACGCAGAGCAUGCACAAGAUGAAAACAUGUUCGAGUUCACUCAGCCAGAACUUCCAUCAGAAGACUCCAUGUUUGUCCAUCCAUCUUUGAUGGAGCAGGAUACUCAGACAACUUCUGUCCUCACUCAGUCUAUGUUGGACAGCCAGGACUUUGAGGAGAGGAAGAUAACCAAGCGUGUACAGAAGCUUCUCAGCACUCUCAAAAGCAACAGCGACACCACGUUCAGUCUGAAGGCACUCUGUGAAGGUGGAAGUCGCUGGAAAGCCGCAACUACUUUCUUCUGCCUCCUGGUCCUGAAGAAGCAAAAUGCCCUUCACCUGCACCAGAGCGCACCGUAUGAGGACAUCUUUGCCACACAUGGACCAAAGUUCUAUGAUUAGACGAAGAUCAUAGAAAAUAUUUCAGAAAACGACAACUUAGGUUGAGGGGCAGUUUUUGUUCUACUUGAUCUGCCUCACUACAAGUAGCACAUGUUUGUGUACCUCUGUCAGUUUGAUUUGAAUUCCCUUGAAUAGAGUUAUCUGUAAAUAGUAUAAAUAACUUAAAAGGAACAAUCUCAAUUUUUAUUAAUGUCACACACAUUGGUAUGUUUUCUGUGUGUCUCUAAACUUGUUUGUUCUUGACACUUUUCAUUUGUGAAAAAUUCGGGGACGUAUAAAUGAAGGACUGUUGUCUAAACCUUGUUGUCAGACUGUUUUUAGUCUUUCCUGAUGUUAAACAGUUGCUGAUACUAGAUUUGAGUUAAACAACUCUAAGCAUUUUAAAACUACGUAUAAUUGUUGUUGCAUAAUGUUAUUGUUAAGUUCUUUCAGGAGUUAAAUUUCCUGUGUGUUCAGUUAGCGUUUUGUUCAACUUCCCCUUCUAUUUAUUGUUAACAUUUUUACAACCAAAAAAAGUUUAUUUAAAAUUUACUUUUAUCUAAGAGGGGACAGCUAGGCAGACAUUUCAUUAUAAGAAAGUUUUAAUACUGGUAUUAAUAACUUCUGUAUUACAAAGUUGUUUUAAAUGUCGACUUAAAUAUCUCGUACCUAUUUGAAAUCUAACCAACUGAAUAUAACUAGAUUGUUUUUGUUACUUCAGUUUGGGAUAU